CAUAGUUGCUGGAGUCUAAACAUCAGAAAAACACCAGUCUAUGCACAAAUUUUCUGUUUUAAAAUAGGGAAAUAAACCUGUGACAAAAAGGACACAGUUUUCAGGAGACUACAUACUUUGUAGGAUUUCUGUGAAUAAAUUUGUACAAAUCAGAAGAUUUUCAUGUCUCCAUUCAUGAGGAAUAUACCGUUUAGAUGCGACAAUUUAGAAAAUGGCACUUACCGGACAAUGGAAAAUCAUGCACUAAAAUAAAAAAAGACCUCACAUUUAAGAGAGACCUCACAUGGCUAUUGAGACCACCAAAUUUUGACAUCUGUGCUGUUGGUGUAAAAACCUUUGGUAAAAAAUACUUUUUCAUGGUAAGGUUGACAUUUGCAUGGAAUUGCCCAGUUCUAACAUUUUUACAAUGUUUUUACAUUUUUAAACAUGUAGAAAAACAAAGUUGGUAAAUUAUGACUGCAAGGACACUAAAUUGUGGUUACUCAAUUUGAACGACAUACAUUUGAACUACAUAAUCUUCAUGCGCAGACUUUGCGCAGAGAUGGUGCUCUUCAAUACAACUCUAUGCGUCAUAUAAACGUAGGCGUAGAAGUUUUUUCGCGGGAAGUUUUUCUGUGCAAGCUGGAUGUGUCACUGCAGGUCACACAAGUUUCCUUAAAAUAAUUGAUAAGCAGACCUUGCGUUUUCAGUUUAAGCGAUGGACCAAACGGAAAACAACACAUCACACCUUAACGGAACACACAGUGAAGGUCUGAUGAAGAAGAGGCAGGACUAUCUGGAGUGGCCUGAAUAUUUCAUGGCUGUUGCGUUCUUAUCAGCACAGAGGAGCAAAGACCCUAAUUCUCAGGUUGGUGCCUGUAUCGUGAAUCAGGAGAAUAAAAUAGUGGGCAUUGGGUACAAUGGGAUGCCCAACGGUUGCGAUGAUGACCUGCUGCCCUGGUCUCGUAGUGCUGAUAACAAGCUGGACACCAAAUACCCAUACGUGUGCCAUGCCGAGCUGAACGCCAUCAUGAAUAAGAACUCGGCUGAUGUUAAGGGCUGCACCAUGUACGUGGCGCUUUUUCCCUGUAAUGAGUGCGCCAAACUCAUUAUUCAAGCAGGUAUAAAGGAUGUGAUCUAUUUGUCAGACAAAUACCAUGACAGUCCAGAAAUGACUGCCUCCAGACGGCUGCUUAACUUGGCGGGAGUCGCAUACAAAUGCAUAGCUGAGCUGGAGCUGACCUGUGGAAAAAAUGCAUUUAACUCUCCAUGUCCUUCAACAAAUAAAACACUUUCACUUGCCUUUGACCCUAAAGCUCAAGUUUCGGUCGUGCGUAGGACCUACGUCGUAGCUACGCCGUAGGCGGUGCGUAGCUCUGUGUAGACAGACGUGCACCUCUCCAAAAAUGUAAUAACGCGUCAACUCAUCGCUGACCCUACGUGGACCGCAAGCACUGUGAUUGGUCUGUUUGAACCCCUCCCUCAGGUAAAAAAAAUAAUGAUCUAAGUCAAUUAUUUGUUCUUCAAAAGUGACUGUUUACUUGCUGUUUAUUUAUCACUGCUAAUGCUUCUCAAAGGAGCUGCUUCUUCUUUGGCUCUUGUCUUGGUUACAUAAUCGACACACGUGGUCAUUGCCUGUCGACGUGGACAACGACGCACAAGUAUAAAGGAAAACCGGCGUGUUGCCUACAGCGUAGGUCUGACGCAGAAGUAAAAAUCUGCCUUAAGAGUGGCUUGCAGCAACACGCGAAACAUGCUUUAGGAUUUUUCCCCCUUAGCCAGAUAAAGAAUAAUGGUAGAUAAACAGAAGUGUUAUUGAAACUUCACCUUUGUUGAAGUAGACUCGUGCAUUCUGAAUAAGACGAUGAAUCGAUUUUGUUCAAGGAUGAUCUUAAGACGGAUUUGCAUUAAGGAAUAAAGUAGAGCAAGACUCAAAGCCUUGUGGGUGUUCAUGGACAGUCUUCGAAUACUUUGCUGCAUGCAGAGUUUCUUUUUGCAUUGGUUUGUGUUGUUAUGGAGGUUCAAUGGAAAGGAAUAGAUUUUCCUUCCAUCCAGCUCAUCUCAAACUGAGCGGUGAGGUUAAUACAAGAACAAAAAGUAGAAGUAACAGGGAAGACAGUGAACUGAUGGAGGGGAAAAAAUAAAUAAAAGGAGAUGAAAAGGCAUGUGGAGCGACACAGAGGACAAGGCUAAAAGUGUGAAAAUAAAGAGUUUACCACCUGCUGGUUUGGUUCCUUUCGCUGGGACGGUUUCUUUUUAGAUGUGGAGCUAUGUGUCCCUUUGCCUGAUGGUGGGGAAGCUGCUUGUGUUCUCUCAAGAGUGUGUAACUUGUUUUACUCAAAGCUUUAGUGUGUUGAGGUCAGUCGCUUAUGAGACAAAAACAACGAGGACAGGAAGUAUUGUCUUUCACGCUAUCAAGGUACUUUUGAAAUGGAAGUGCAGAUUUGUAUGUCUGCUUUAACUUGUAUAGUAAUCUUUCUUGAUUUGGACCAAUGUCAGUUUUUAGUUUUAAUGUUUCUGUCUUGCAGGCAGUUCGAACCAAAGCAAAGCAGGAUUGUUAUAGAUUUUAGUUCGAUCAAUCACUCUGGAAUGAACCGUGUCAAUUGUCUAGAGGGGCUGCAGUCACCGUAGACAGAGGAACAUGGACGAUGACACUCAAAGCUGAAAAUGCACAAUGUUUUAUUUACCUAUAUGCUGAUGAUAGUCUUCAUGGUUUCUAUGGGGGUGAUUUAUCAUUCACUAUGGACUAGUUGUUGUUUUAUGGUUUUUAAAAUUAAUAUUGGGAUCUGAAUUUAAAGGGAUAGUUCACUCAAAAGAAAACAAAAAACAUUCACACACCCUCAUGUUGUUUCAAACCUGUAUCACAUUCUUUCUUUGCAGAGCACAAAGAUAUUUUGAAGAACAUUGGUAACCAUACAACAUUGGACCCAUUCAUUAUAUAGACACAAAAUCACUGAGACAUUUCUUAAAAUAUAUUCUUUUGUGUUACAAAGGAGGAAAGGUCAUAUAUAUAGGGUUUGAAAUGACAAGAGGGUGAGUAAAUGACAGAAUUUAUAUAUUUGGGUGUACUAUCCCUUUAGCUUUUUUUGAUGUUUUGAAUGUAUUUUUUAUAUUCUAAUGUACAGAAUACAUAUUAUUCACUUCUUCAAUGGCAACAAGUUAGUAGUUGUCUUAUGGGAGGUACGUUUUAAAUUCAGAUUGUUUUACAGUGUUUAUGGGUGAGGUAAAAUUAGAAAAUCAAUCUGAAUCAUCAUUAUUGGUAAAUAUAACAUUUACCUAUAGGAGGGACCUUUCCUCACUACAUUUUUUGUAUAUUCUGUCAAUCAUUGAUUUACAAUACACAUGUUGUCUGCGUUCAGUUUGAGAGAAAAAAAAUGUUAGAAUUUAGUUUUUGAUAGGAUUAAAAUGUCUUAAAAGUGCUAAGAUCCAUUUGAACAUGUUUUUGUUCUGUGUACAUUGUUAUACUGGAAUCUUUGUCUCAAAAUAAACAAAUA